AUGGCAGACAAAGACUCUGUAGAGAAGUUCCUUGACAACAACCCACAGUUUGCUAAGGAGUACUAUGAUAAGAAAGUCAAGGCAGAUGUGAUCACUGCUGCCUUCAACAACCAGGUCCAGGUCAAAGACCCGGCCUCUUACAAGGAUGUCUCCACCAUCCAGGAGGCUGAGUUCAUUUUUGAGCUCCUAAAGGAGAUGCAGGGCGACAACCCGAUGGAAAAAGCCCUGCAUAAAGUUCUCCAGAGGAUCGCCCUGCUGGUACAGGCUGAUCGCUGCAGCUACUUCGGCUACAGGGCUCGUAACGGAACACCCGAGCUGUCCACGAUCCUCUUCGAUGUGACACACAAUUCUCCAUUUGAUAGAAAUAUAGUGAACCCCAAUGUAGAGAUCGUUUUUCCCACCGACAUGGGCAUUGUUGGAUGGACAGCCCACUCCAAGAAGCCUCAGAAUAUCCCUGAUGUUAAGAAGAACUCUCAUUUCAGUGACUUUGUGGAUAAACAGACAAAAUACACCACCAAAUGCAUGCUUACUGCUCCCAUCAUGAAUGGAAAGGAACCCAUCGGUGUCAUCAUGGCACUCAACAAACAAGGUGCUGAUGAGUUCUCAAAGGGUGAUCAGGAGCUCUUCAAUAAAUAUGUGAACUUUGCUUCUGUAGUCGCUCUCCAAGCCCACACUUCUUACAUGUGGGAUGUAGAGUCCAGGAGGAGUCAGGUGUUGCUGUGGUCAGCCAGCAAAGUGUUUGAGGAGCUGACAGAUAUUGAGAGGCAGUUUCACAAAGCCUUGUACACAGUGAGGACAUAUAUCAAGUGUGAGAGAUACUCUGUGGGACUCCUGGACAUGACCAAAGAAAAGGAGUUCUUUGAUGAGUGGCCAAUCAAGCUUGGAGAGCAGGAGCCAUACAAGGGCCCGAAGACCCCCGACGGCAGAGAAAUCAGCUUCUACAAGAUUAUUGACUACUUGCUGGAGGACAAAGAGGAGAUUAAAGUUAUCCCCGGCCCUCCAGCCGACCACUGGGCUCUGGUCAGCGGACUCCCCUCAUACGUGGCCGAGAAUGGAUUCAUCUGCAACAUGAUGAAUGCCGCGGCAGAUGAGUACUUUGCAUUUCAGAAAGAGGCGGUGGAUGAGACUGGAUGGAAGAUUAAGAAUGUCCUCUCGCUCCCUAUCGUCAACAAAAAGGAAGAAAUUGUUGGCGUUGCCACUUUCUUCAACAGAAGAGAUGGCAAACCCUUUGACGAAAAUGAUGAACAGAUUACAGAAGCUCUAACCCAGUUCCUCGGCUGGUCCACCCUGAACAGCGACACGUACGACAAACUGAACAGGACAGAGUGGAGGAAGGAUGUUGCCCAGGAAAUGCUCAUGUACCAGACGACGGCCACCCUGGAUGAUGUGCAGACCAUUCUGAACACUCAAGAGAAGCUCGGCUCUGCACCAGAAGACUGUGACCAGAAGGAGAUGUACAAACUGUUGAAAGCCAACAUCCCUGAUGCCAAGACCGUGGAGCUGCACGAGUUCCGCUUCAGUGACUUCCCCUUGUCAGAGUUUGAACUCAUCAAGUGUGGAAUCCGCUGCUUCUUUGAGCUGGGGGUGGUGGAGAAGUUCAAAGUCCCCCCUGAGAUCCUGACGCGAUGGAUGUACACCGUUCGCAGGGGAUACCGUGACAUCACCUACCACAACUGGAGGCACGGCUUCAAUGUUGGACAAACCAUGUUCACGCUGCUCUUGACAGGUAAACUGAAGAAGUAUUACUCUGACCUCGAGGCCUUUGCCAUGGUUGCUGCCGGAUUCUGCCACGACAUUGACCACAGAGGAACCAACAAUCUCUACCAGACAAAGAGUUUAUCCCCUCUGGCAAAACUGCACAGCUCCUCCAUUAUGGAGCGACACCACCUGGAGUACAGUAAGACGCUGAUGGAGAAUGAGAACCUGAAUAUCUUCCAAAACCUUCAGAAGCGUCAGUUUGAGACAGUGCAGCAUCUGUUUGAAGUUUGCAUAAUUGCUACUGAUCUCGCCCUCUACUUCAAGAAGAGAACGAUGUUCCAAAAGAUUGUGGAUGCUGUUGAGGGGAUCCCAGACGAGAAGGAGAAGGUCAACUACGUCUCCAACAAUCCAACCAGGAAGGAAAUUGUCAUGGCAAUGAUGAUGACAGCUUGUGACCUGUCAGCCAUUACGAAGCCGUGGGAGGUUCAGAGCAAGGUCGCUCUGAUGGUGGCAGCAGAAUUUUGGGAGCAGGGAGACCUCGAAAGGACAGUCCUUGACCAGCAGCCCAUUCCAAUGAUGGACAGAAAUCAUGCAGAUGAGCUGCCUAAGAUGCAGUGUGGUUUCAUCGACUUCGUCUGCUCCUUUGUGUACAAGGAGUUUUCUCGCUUCCACACGGAAAUCAGCCCCAUGUUUGAUGGGUUGAACAUCAACAGGGGAGAGUGGAGAGCUCUGGCCGAUGUCCACGAGGCUAAGAUGAAGGCGAUUGAAGACGAGAAGAAAAGGCUGGAAGGUGGAGACACACAGGAUGGCGCGAAGUCAAAGACGUGCGUCAUCUGCUAG